CAGCGAUUGGCUCUCCGUCGGCCCAGACAGCUCACGAGCCCCCCCUCCGCUUUGUUAUUGCAUCGCGUGGGGAAGGAGGCGCGAGGCUGCCGCGGUGGAGCGAGCCAUUAACAGCAGGAUGUGCACGAGGGCGGCGCUGAUGUCGGCAGACAGAUAACAGUCGCGCGCAGACGUCAACACACACAUCCACGGUCCGCCGACGGUAAACAUUCCCGGGCUUCAGCGGCGUCGCAGUGUCGGUGAGGCGCCCCCCCCUCCUCUCCUCGAGGUAUGUCGGAGCUCAGCCCGGCCCCCAGCAGCAGCGACGCCUGCCUCAGCAUCGUGCACAGCCUGAUGUGCCACCGGCAGGGUGGCGAGAACGAGGGCUUCGCCAAGCGGGCGAUCGAGAGCCUGGUGAAGAAGCUGAAGGAGAAGAAGGACGAGCUGGACUCCCUCAUCACCGCGGUGACCACCAACGGCGUGCACCCCAGCAAGUGCGUGACCAUCCAGAGGACACUGGACGGGCGGCUGCAGGUGGCGGGCAGGAAGGGGUUCCCUCAUGUGAUCUACGCCCGGCUCUGGCGCUGGCCCGACCUCCACAAAAACGAGCUGAAGCACGUCAAGUUCUGCCAGUACGCCUUCGACCUCAAGUACGACAACGUGUGCGUCAACCCCUACCACUACGAGAGGGUGGUCUCCCCGGGCAUUGUGGGUCUCAGUGUACAGACUGGAGGCCUCCAGGGUCGCCUCAUCAAGGAGGAGUACAUCCAGGACUGUGUGGGCGACAUCCCCCUCCACCAGGAGCGUUACGGCCAGCCCCUCCCCCCCCUGCACCUCCCCCCCGAGUCGCCGCACUCCCCCCUCCCCCCCGUCAGCCUGUAUCCCAGCAUGCACCUCUCUCCCGCAGGGGCCAGCUCUAUGAUGGGGGGCCACGGGGGGCCCGCGGGGGGUCUGCUCCAGAUCGCCCCCUCUGGUAACCCGGGGCUGGCGGGGUCGCCCCCCCCCGACCACACCCCCUGCCCCCAGCGCCACAGCCCGGACUACCUGGGCCCCCCCACCCCGGUGCACUCGGCGGGCUCCUACCACACGACCUGGACGGGCUCCAGCACGGCCUCCUACACCCCCGUGGGACCCCACCAGAACGGGCGGAGCCACCAGCAGGGCCCGCUGCACCACCAGCCCGCGCCCAACACACACUUCUGGUCCCAGCACCACAGCUCAACACCGUUUCCCCAGCCGGUGUCCAACCACCCAGGUCCGGAGUUCUGGUGCUCCAUCUCCUACUUCGAGAUGGACAUCCAGGUGGGGGAGAUGUUCAAGGUGCUGUCCAGCUGCCCGCUGGUGACGGUGGACGGCUACGUGGACCCGUCCGGCGGCGACCGCUUCUGCCUGGGCCAGCUCAGCAACGUGCACCGCACCGACACCAGCGAGCGCGCACGGCUUCACAUCGGGCGGGGCGUGCAGCUGGAGUGCCGCGGCGAGGGCGACGUGUGGAUGCGUUGCCUUAGCGACCACUCGGUGUUCGUCCAGAGCUACUACCUGGACCGGGAGGCGGGCCGGGCGCCCGGCGACGCCGUGCACAAGAUCUACCCUGGAGCGCACAUCAAGGUGUUCGACCUGCGGCAGUGCCACAGACAGAUGCAGCAGCAGGCGGCCACGGCGCAGGCUGCCGCGGCCGCGCAGGCUGCUGCGGUCGUCGGUGCGAUUCCCGGACCGGGGAGCGUAGGGGGCAUCGCCCCCGCAGUCAGUCUGUCGGUGGCGGCGGGCAUCGGCGUGGACGACCUGAGGAAGCUGUGCAUCCUGCGGCUGAGCUUCGUGAAGGGCUGGGGGCCGGACUACCCCCGGCAGAGCAUCAAGGACACCCCCUGCUGGGUGGAGGUGCAACUGCACCGACCGCUGCAGCUGCUGGACGAAGUGCUGCACACCAUCCCGCUGAGGGAGCCCAGCCAGAACAACUGAGAGAGGGGGGGGCAGGUGUGUGUGUGUGUGUGUGUGUGUGUGUGUGUGUGUGUGUGUGUGUGUGUGUGUGUGUGUGUGUGUGUGUGUGUGUGUGUGUGUGUGUGUGUGUGUGUGUGUGUGUGUGUGUGUGUGAGGUUGGAGUGGGGAACAAAGUGACACCCACAACAGACUGUGUUUGUGUGUGUUUGCUUGUGUGUGUGUGUGUGUGUGUACGCGCGCGUGUGUGUGUGUGUGUGUGCGCGUGUUUGUGUGUUCGCUUGUGCGUGCGUGUGUGUGUGUGGACCGCAGGCCAAAGCUCUCUUUCUUGUGCUUUAUAUUAAUGUCUUGUUAUGAGAAGUUUGUUUCGCUGGAAUCAGUAAUCUCCCUGGAGGAUGAGAUAUCAAGUUACCCCCCUGAUUGGGUGAUUAAAACCACCCACCAAUCAUAAUUCUCAAUGUCGGGUCACGUGACCGAACUCUGAGGAGGGCAAAGAAGGCUCUAGAUUCUGGCCUUUCUCAAUCAAUCUAUUCCACCUUGGAAAGCAUCGAUCUCUACACCUACCGGACAGAACAACAGCAUCAAAUGGAAAAGCAUUUGUUUUGUUACGCUAACAUGUUACGCCCAAGAGUAUGCUCACAGGUUAUGCUAACAUGUAAUGCUAACAGGUCAUGUUAGCAAGUUUUGCUAACAUUUAAUGCUCACAUUUUAUGAUUAUAGGCUAUAUGGUCACAGGCUAUGCUAACAGGUAAUGAUCAUAGUCUAUGGUCACAUGUUAUGCUAAUAGGCCAAAUGGUCAAAGGGUAUGCUAACAUAAUAUGCUCAUAGUCUAAUGGUCACAGGCUCUGCUCACAUGUUAUGCUAACAUGUUAUGACCAGUCUAUGCUCACAUGUUAUGCAAACAUGUUAGGCUAAUAGGCUAUGCUAUGUUAUGCUAUGCUAACAGGUUAUGCUCAUAGCCUAUGGUCAAAUGUGAUGCUAACAGGCUAUACAAUCCCAGGCUGUGCUCACAGGAUAAUCAAUCACUUUGUUAAGCAAGACAUUCCCUCGACGCUUAAGGACCAAAAAGUUUAAUAAUAUUAAUGAUAAUAAUAAUAGGUAAAACAGGCAAACUCAGCUCUAUCUGCAUAUGUCCGGUGCUCUGUUCCAUGUUUACUUACUGCCUUUGUGACCUCCAGAUGUUUUAAUCUAGAUGUUUUAAACCAGAUGUUUUAAACCCAGAUGUUAUAUCCAGUUGUAAUCUCAGAGAUGCAGGUCUAUACAAAGAACCCAAGAAACCUCCCUUCGAUCGCCAUAGUAACCAAGAGUACCAAAGCCAACCACUAGUUAGCUCUUAGUUGGCGUUAGUUAGCGUUAGCGACUGUACCGAUACCAAAUGAGUUCUAGGGGAACGGCCGGAUAAUCACGGCGUCACGGUUCCCCUCUCGAUCCAAAUCUUACUUCCUUUCCCCACGAUCGCCUGGAAGUGUUGCGGUGAUGGUCACUGACAUUAGCUUAGCCAUGCUAAUCUCUCAGCUAGUAGAAAAAGCCUAUACUUCCAUUUUGCUGCUGGGUUGAAAGGUUAGUUGCCAUUGAGACAUGGUUCUGAUCACGUUGGACGUGAAGACUAAUACACUGCCUAUCUCAAACGUGUGUGUGUGUGUGUGUGUUUGGCGGGUUGUGCACACAAUUGUGUGCACAGUGUAUUAUACGUCGUGGGCUGUGUGUAUUUUUUGUUGUCCCGUGAUUUGCAAUGUGUGCGCUUGUCCGUACGGGUUUGUGCCGUGUGUGUGUGUGUGUGUGCGUGUGUGAGGGAGCUAGUGUGUGUCUAUGCGUAGGUCGUCAAUCAAUAUGGCUUAAGACUUUAUAGAUCGUUCUCGUCUGCCUCUGUACAUCCCCUUCACUUUGACUUUCAGAUGACCUUUGACCUCGGGUCAUGACCUUUGACCUCGGGCCGCUCCCCGGUGACCUCAAAGGUUGACCCUAAUGUACAGGCUGGUCGCGUGAUGUCAUAAUAUUUAUCGCGGAGAAAAAGGUCUCGGGUUUAUCACUUCUAAAACCUCCAUGUUUCACCGCAGGCUUUAAGAAUUACAAAACCUUUAUUUGGACGAGAUCAGCAGCGACACACGUUAUCAGUUUCAAUAUCCGUGUGAUGUUCAUCAAAGCAUUAAAGCUCUCUGAUCCAAUCAGAUCGUCUGUCUCCUGUGUUUUCUGUCUCUGUGAUGGUAAGAGGGUGAAUCUGAUUGGCCAGUUGGUCAGGCAAUGCCUCUCUGUGAGGGAUGAAACUGAACGGUCAGGCCUAUACAACACUGUUUGAAAUACAUUUACAUUUUACAUUUAGGGCAUUUAGCAGACUAUUUUAUCCAUAGCGACUUACAAUCAGUACAUUUGUCAGAGGAAAGAGAAACAACAAUAUAUCGCUGUCGGUACAAUAAGGAGGUUCAAUCAAGUCCUAAGCAGGGUUAGGGUUACCCUAACCCUAACCCUAACAAUCACUAGGUUAACCCAUUCCCCAUACAACAAAGAUAGCUAGGAUAAGAUGAUAACAAUCUCUUUCUGUCUUGUGUGAAGUGUAGACUGCAGACUGUUUUUUAAAAGUAAUCCAGAGGAUGUUUAUUUACAUAUUCUAGUUUUAUGGUUGGACCUUAUUUUAUAUAAAACCUGGGAACAGAUAUUCAAGGUUUAAGUGUACUCUUAAACGUUGAAUUAGGAGAACAACCUACUGGACUAUAUUUCACUUCUGCUAAACAUAGUCCGAUG